UCCAUAGCUGGCAGAAAUAUCUGUGGACUAACACUCCAUGAGCUGAACAAGCACAAUACCUGUGCAGCAGACAUACUUGACGCAUUAAAUGCCACCGCAGACCUGAUAGGUCUUUGCGAUUUGGAAGGUUGUGACCUUCUUUUGCAGCUUAUCAGGGGCGACCUUGCGAUGGAGGUCAACAACACUUGUAUCAACAGGAAAGUUCAAGGUGUGGCUAAUUUGGGCGGAGUUUGCACAAACUACAGUGCUGCAGUUGUAGAAGACGAGCCACUGCUCUACAGCGGAGUAUCUACAAUGGCUCAUGAGAUUGCUCAUACACUAGGGGCGAGUCAUGAUGACGAAAAUAUAACGCUUGCCAUCGAAGGUUAUCCCGAUGCGCUUAACUGUUCGUGGGAUGAUGGAUACUUGAUGAGCACAGCGCCCAAUGUAGUGAAUAUGCACAAGCUUUCAAACUGCUCAAUGGCUCAAAUCAAAGUUUUUGUCUGCGCUUUGCAGAAGACAUGCAUACAGGUCCAUACAGAAGCCAGCUACUCGAACAAGUUCUAUCCCGGGCAGAACAUGACUGCAGAAACAUUUUGUCAAAAGAAGCACCCAGAACAUCCGGACGUAGAGCCACAAAACGUAA